AUGGCGGAGAAGCCCCAGCCUGUUCGAGUUUUAUACUGCGGAGAGUGCGGAUUACCCGCGGAGUACUGCGAGUUUGGGCCUGAUUUCGAGAAGUGCAAACCAUGGUUGAUCCAGAACGCACCGAAUCUCUACCCAGAUCUUCUAAAAGAGGCUGAUGUGAAAGACGCUGAUAAAGUAUCUGAUCAGCUUCAGUCCACUUCAAUCUCUGGCGUUGGUUCUUCUAAACCUAAGGAGGAAGAAGUAAAACGUCUACCUGGUGGAAAGAUUAAAAAGAAGGAGAAGCAGGAAGUUAUUAUUGAAAAGAUGACUCGAAACAAGCGGAAAUGCCUAGAGCUUUUCGGAGUUAAACUAAGUGAUGCAUCAAAGAAGCUAGGCAAGAAGUUUGCUACUGGAGCUUCUGUUACUAAGGGUCCGACUGAGAAGGAGCAAAUUGAUGUUCAAGGAGACAUAUCAUAUGACAUUGUGGAGUUCAUUACAGAUACAUGGCCUGAUGUGAAUUCAUUUCUUCUUCUCCUUUAA